AUGGGACAGAGGGGCCGCAGAGAAGCGGCCGUGAGGGUGGACGUGGAUCCACCGGUGUCUCAGCCCCUGGAUGCUCCGGCGACUUCUGCGAGUCGACCACCGGCUUCAAUGGAGGCCACAGCCACGCUGGGCCAGGGGGAGGCAAUGAUGCCACCCACGAUUCCUGACAUGGGUGGCAGACCUGGAGCUGGAAUAGCGGCGGCUGGUGAGGAGUCGACGGCUGCUUAUGACUUCUUUACCCCGCGUUCACGGGGAAACGGAAUGGCCACCCAGAACAACUGGAUGGGCGUCGUGGAAGGAUUGCCACGAUGGAUGAGUCGUUUGGGUUCGUACCUUGCGGUGGGCCACGAUCAGUUGGCUCCAAGUCCUCUCACUGGAGAGACGCCUCCUGGCGGAAGGUCUUUCGUACUGAGAUCUCCGCAAAGGGCAAGACCUUUGACCUUGCCACGACCGAGUAGUCCUCCUUCGAGCUCGGUGCCGGCAGAAGCAAUACAACAGGAGGUGCAGAGACAGCUUUCUGGGAUUCGGGUAUUGCUGGAGGAGUCGGAGGGCCGUAACCAACAGUUGCAGCGUGAGUUAGAUGAAGUUCGGAGAAGUCGGGAUGCUUUGAGGGCGGUCCCGGCGGGCUGUUGGGUGAUCCCGCGCCAGUUCCAUCAGGCUUUGGAGGGCAAUCAGGUCCUGGCGGGCUAUUGGGUGAUCCGGCAGCAGUUCCAUCAGGCUUCGGAGGGCAAUCAGGUGAUCUUGCUACAGCUCCCCUGGGUCCAACUGGUCACUUCAGCUAUGCUGGAGCGCUACGAGAACCUUCUCUACUACGACCCGGUCUUCUACGAUCACUGCUUGGAGGCGGCAUUGACAAAGGGCACCGGCACGGGCGCGGCUGAGGCGCUGAAGGCGGGAACUACCAGCCUUACUCAGCUCCCCGACCAUAAAGGAGGGGCAGAGGCAUCACUGCGAUUCAACGAUUGGUUGGAAAUCACUACUACAGCGAUGACGGAUGUGAGCGAGAAGUCUGGCCAGUGGUGGAAUGCAGUGUUGAUGGUGGUUCGCGCGGCCUACAACCGAUGGUUGGCCGCCUCUCAUUUGGAGAGACUGACGAUCAGCCCAGAGGGAAUGGACGGGCUUUGUGGAGACCCAUGGAGCAGGAUGAAUGCGCGAGCUUGUACAAUGUUGCUUGGAGCUAUGUCACCGGAGAUAAAGGGCGACAUGGUGGCGCAGCAGCUGACGCAGCGAGCACCAGCUAUGCUGUUCAGACUGUUUGUGUGGUUUCAGCCAGGAGGUUCUGCAGAGCGGCAGGAAGUGUUGAAGCGGCUACAGUCACCCCAGGACUACCUCGUGGGCGACAGCGCUGAGGCUAUCCUUGCAGAGGUCAGGAGUUGGCCUCGAUGGUUGAGUCGCUGCCGGAUGAUGGGGAUGACCCCGCCGGAUCCUUUGGUGAUGAGUCGGGGUCUACAGGCCCUCACGGCCAAGCCGAUCAAUGCAUCAACUGACGCGUCGUUCAGAACAAGUAUGCUGAGGUCAACAUACCGGCUGGAUGGGCAACCUACACUGGAACAAGUCCAGGGAUACCACAAGCACUUACAGGCGGAGUUGGAGGCGAUCGUGGGCUCUCAGCGGACUAUGUCGUUGCCUACAGCGGGAGCGGCUUUGAGGGCGGUGGAUGGGACGUCGCCUACUACCUCUCCAAAAGGGCCGAAGGGUCGCGAGAAGAGCCAAGAGCUGUGCAGAUAUUUUUCGAAGCCGAGCGGUUGCAAAAGGGGAGAUCGGUGCGUCUACAGUCACUCAAUGAGCGGGAUGGACAAGGAUGUGAGAUCUCGCAAAUGCUUGAAGUGCGGGAGUGAAAGCCACCGAGCCCGUGACUGCAACGUAGGCAAGCCAGGACAACGACCCAGCCACACGGAUAAGCCGCAACCCCCAACUGCGACACCUACCCGGAGCUUAGCUACGAUGUCAACAGCUACCUCUAUGGGAUCCGCGCCUGUGCAAGGUACUCCAUGGACACUCGAGACGCUCAUUCAGGCCGCCCAGCACGUGAUCACCUCGCCAUCACCCCAGGAGGGCGACAGUUCGCCAGAGAAGACCAAGGCAGAGGUGAGGGUGCUGAGCUUGAGAGAUGUUCGGGUGUCGGCAAUGGAUCGUUCAACUACGGCGCUCUUAGAUUCGGGAGCCACGCACUGUCUGAGGAAUGCAUAUGACGAAAAAGAGUGGCUGGAAGCUGACGAGGUUGUGGUGCAACUAGCUGGGAACAAUUCCCUGACGAUGAGGCUGAGCGCAGGAGGGUCUUUGUUAAUGCCGCCCAGGAUACCAGCUACGUCCAGUACAACCCGAGACCUGGGAGGACAAACCAUUGUUCCCCUCGGCGAGCUCGUGAAGACCUUGGGGUAUUCCUUGGAUUGGUCUCAGCGGGGAUGCUUCCUUAUUGAUCCCGAUGGUGUGUCUAGAUCUCUCGGAGUAUGCGGAGGGUGUCCGUUGUUAAAGGAGGCUGAGGCUUUAGCCUUGAUCUCCCGACUGGAGGACCGGAAGCGCGAGAUGUUGGAGAAUGCCACGACAGCGACUCAGGACACCGUGGAGGCAACGGAGAUGAUGAUGAACAAGUCUUGGAAGACUUACCUGAGGUCCUACGUUGCCGAUGGAGGAAUGGAGGCAGGACUACGUGCGAUCAGGGAUUGCCCCAUGCUGUCAGAGCUACCAGGAAACUGCGUUGAUGGUCUUGUUCAGGGAGACGUGAUGAAGGACGGCUGGAAAGUCUUCAAGGACAUUGAACACCUCACAAGAUCCCAGAGGAGAAGGCUAUGGUCGGCCAGGCGGUGGAUUAUUCACCUGUACGCUGGGACUCCCGGCCACUUUCAGAUGUACCAGCUUGAUGAGGGGGACACAGUUGUGGUUGAGCUGGAUCUUCAACGAAAUCGAGGUCAUGAUGUGGAAAGGACUUCUACGUGGAGGUGGUUGAUGUGGGGCGCAAUGCAAGGACGAAUAGAAGCGAUCGUGGGAGGACCCCCAGGUCGAGCGCGCCUGGGAACGGAGCGCCGAGGCGCUGUGGAAUGGGACAACAAGUCCCUGAAGGCGGUCACAAAGAUGAUGCGGCUACAUGUGGUUGCUGAAGAAGGGCGAAACCUGAACGCCCGCGGAGCAGAUCGAGGACGCCCGGUGGCAUUCAUGAUGGAGCAUCCGUCACAGGAUGCACGGGCGCAAGGGGCAAGGAGGAGAUCCUUGUGGGAAACUUCCAUGUGGGAGGCUUUCAAGGAGGAGUACGACAUGACAGAGGUGAAGUUCGAUCAAAGGGCUACGGGGGCCACGGGAUCGUCACCUACUACCUUGGGAACCAAUAUCUACUACCUCCAGGGUCUACAUGGAGAAGGCGAGGGUGGAAGCGACCAUGAAGAGCAGCGGGACUUAAGUGGCGUAUGGUCGUCUGGAUUGGUGAAGGCAGUGGUGCUGGCCUUGAGUUUUUGGCGGCGACUACCAGCGACUACCCCACGAUUGUGUCCUAUGUCACCAGCCCAGUGGAAACGUCACGUGGACAGUAACCACCUCGACUACAACAGGGAAUGCUUGACGUGUGUUUUGUCCCGUGGCACGGGACGUCGCCACGCCCGCGUCCAUCACCCGGAGAUGUUCUCACUGACGGUGGACAUUGCAGGGCCGGUGAAGCCUGGCUUGGACGUUACUUCAAAGGGAACUCAAGGGAAGGGCCUACGCUAUCUCCUGGUGGGCAAGUACACGCUUCCGAAGGAGUUCGUCAAGUCCUACAGUGGAAAGAAACCACCGGACGAUGAUGGGCUACUUGAUCCCCUGGAUGUUGAGGACACUAGUUCAAAGCCAAACCAGAGCGAGGAGCUUGAAACACCUUCUCUACUACCACCGCGUGAAGAGGGGGAGUCCGGAGCGCAAGGCGAUCAGCCAGACCAGAACGAGGAGCUUGGAACACCUUCUCUACUACCACCACGUGAAGAGUGGGAUCCGUUUGUUAUAGAAGAUGUGCCAGGUGAGCAGGGUCCUCCAACCACCGAAGAUGUGCCAGGUGAGCAGGGUCAAGACGAUGAGCAUGAUCAAGGUGUUUCGUCUACCGACUUCAUCGGUGCCACUACUCAGCAAAAAGAGGGCAUGAAAGACUAUGAGUGUUCAGAGUACGAGCCGUCGGUAGUUGGCGAGGAUAUGAAUGAGGCUGCGGAUGAUGAGUCACCAGGACACCCUAGUCAAGAAGGGCCACGAGUUUGUCGUCCGGAUUGCGAAGCGCCUGAGAGCACAGUCCUUAUGUUCGCAAGGGCCCUGAAGUCGAAUGCGGGUGUUGAUGUGAAAGCUGCAAUCCAGGAUAUUGUCCUCUAUCUCGACUCCCACGGCCUUCCUGUCUACAGGUUCCACGCUGACCGAGGCGAGUGCUUUAGCCACAACAUCAGAGGAUGGCUACGAGAUCGUCACAUCAAGGCCACAUGGUCGGAGGCUGGAACACCCCCAAGGAAACGGGCGAGCAGAGGCAGCAGUACGAUGGAUCAAAGAUCGAACAAGGACUCUGUUGCUGGGAAGCUCGCUACCUACUUCUUUGUGGCCUACGGCGGCGGAGUCAGCAGCAGCCCACCAGCGUCCCAGGGUGUUUGGGUGGAAGUCCAAGCUCAUGGCCCCAUAUGGAGCACCGGUCUUGGUGAAAGAGAAGGCGUUUGGGGUCACGUUGUUUCUGUGCCAAGCGCCGAAGCAAAGAAGGGCCACUUCCUUCAUACCUUCCACAUCAAGGCUCGGCUCUAUGAUCCGGGUCCACCACUGGAUGAGCUGGAGGUUCCAGAACCCCCAAAGCCGAAAAGGAAACUUCCUGUCAAGACGCCGAGUGAGCAAGUGGAGAUGCGAGCAAUGAGUUUGUCCCAGGAGGAGGUAGAGUUGUAUGCAAUUACCAAAGCACAGCUCAUUAUGGAAGAUUGGGACCCAGAACAGGCUCGCAAUUUGAUCGGCGAGCUUGCGGAGGCGGAGUUCUUUGAAGAGAAAAAAUUCGGGGUCUACCGGCAUGGAGGUAGUGUGGGGUGGAUGAAGGGACUUCCUGAUUAUCCAGAUCUUGGAAGGUUGAUGGCAAAGCUGGUGUUGCAUCAUUGCCCGGAGGCGACUUUUACGUCAAUCAUGGUUUCAACGAACUUCGACCGCGGCUACCACAAGGACACCAACAACGACAGCCUCACAUGCAACUAUGUGGUCCCAAUCAAAGCGCCCCAGCGAGGAGGAGCACUAUGGGUUGAGCUACGACCAGGUGAUGUAGUGACUGGUGAGGUACUACAGCGUCAGGACCCACAGGGGCGAGUUCAUUAUGGACAAGUCUAUGAUAUGAAAGAGGGCCAGCAUGUGGAGUUUGACCCACGGCGUGCGCAUGAAGUUCUACCAUGGGUAGGGACGCGUAUUAACCUGGUGGCCUACACGCCAAAUAGCCUGGGAAAGCUGUCAUACGAAGAUGUAAAGAACCUCGAGGACCACGGUUUCCCAACACCGCUGUCACAGUUACCCGAGUACUUCGUGAGGGACCAAAAGGAGGCAAAGUGCGUGGAGAAGCUGGAGGUCCAGGAGGAGAAUGCGGGCAACAGUGACGGAGACGCAAGCCUGAGCGAUGAUGAUUGGGAAAUGUUCGUCGAGGCGGAGCGCGGCAAGGUCAAAGUGGGAUCAUCUACGAAGGGAAGCCGGCCACAGCGUCAGCCAAGGAUGAACAAGACGGAGGUCACCUACACAAAGAAUGUGGAGAUGAUAUUGUCGGACCUUUCGGAGCCCCUCAAGGUGACCUACACUGUGGAUCCCAAGGAGGUUGCUUCCGGGAACUCCAGAGCGUGCUACGUGGCUGCAAAAGAAAGGUCGCGCCGAUGGCAGGUCGCCUUGAUAGACGUUGUAGCGGCCUUCAUCCUCACCCCGAUUGGCGAGUCGGCUCGGGCGCCAAUGCUCUGGUCGUCGUACCGGGACAGGACAUUGGCCAAGAUGGUGACGCCAUCCGGAUGGCGUUUCAAACAGGGACGCACAGUGACAUGCUGGUGGAUUGCCACAGACGCAGCGGGAGAGCUGAAGGCAUUAAUCAUCAUCUACGUCGACGACAUACUUAUUAUUGGAAUGGAGAAUGCCGUGAUGGAGGUGGCCACCCUGGUGCAAGGAGUGUGGGCAACCAGUCCGCUUACCUUUCUACGUCCAGGAAACCCUCUUCGCUUCCUAGGGAUGGAGUUGACUGUUACUGAUGAUGAGUCGAUGAUAUUGGUGGGUCAACAGGCCUAUAUCGAGGAGCUCUGUCGCAAUCAUGGAGUGACGAGAUCAGACAAAAUCCCAGUGGCAAAGGAGGCAGCAAGCUUCAGCGUCGUGGAUGCCGACCUCGAGCCAGACGAGAGCGGGAUUGCGCAGGCUCAGCGAAUAACAGGCGAGCUGUUGUGGAUUUCUCAAAAGACUCGUCCCGACCUUUCCUACGGAUGCUCACUGCUGUCAUCCCUUACACUUAAGGCUCCUUACAGAGCUGUGGAAGUGGGAAUGAAAAUGAUCAGGUACCUGCAGGGCACGAAGGAGUGGAAGAUGGCCUUUCAGGCGACGGACAAGAUCCUCACUAUGUACCCGGACGCAGCCUUCGCCCCAGAGAGCGCUAAGAGCCACACUGGUUGGAUGGUGGUGUGGGGAAAGAACCCCAUAGCAUGGCGCUCAGCGCGCCAAAGUACGAUAGCCCUAUCUACGGCAGAGGCAGAACUCACCGCCAUUCUGGAAGGUGCGAUAGCGCUACUGGGGAUAGAGUCCUUGCUGGUGGAUCUCGUGGAAGAGGUCGAGGAGAAGAAGGUCGGAUCAGACAGCGUGUCUGCGUUGACCAUCAGCGCUGGAAACGGGUCGUGGAGGACUCGACACCUCAGACUUAAGUCGGCCUGGCUAGAGGAGAUGAUAGCAGCAAGAGCUAUUGAUGGAUUUCAUGUUCCUGGCUUAGUUCAACCAGCGGACUUGUUGACAAAGGCCUUAGCGGGUCAGCGCAUACGAGAUCUACUACAUCUGUGGAGCAUGGUCGGCGACGGCAUCCCGCAGAAGUGUGCAGUUGUGAAGAGCAAGGCCGUGGUGUCGGAAAAGGUGCGGGUGGCGACCAUAUGUUGUUUGAUGGUUACAAUGGCUGCUGGACAAUCAGAGCGCGAGCCCCGCAUCUCCAUAGAUUGGGACAUGGCAGGGAUAUUUAUGGUCCUUCUGAUGGUUUUGGGAAGUUUGGUGAUUUGGGAAGGGCUGAAGUGGAUCGUGGCGGAGCUUUCGCAGGAAUGGCUGCCUGGAGCUUCUCAGCGGAAGCUGAGGAAACUUCGGAAGCUGAGGGAUGCCACGACAUUAGCGAUUGAGAGGGAGUUGGAGCGCAUGAGCACGGCAGGUGGCACAGAACCUACGGUGGACCCCCGCUACGGCAGCAACUCCAAGGAGAUCCUCAAUCUUGCAGCCGUCUACCAUGAGACCUACGACACCCCCAAGGCCGUCAUCCGUGGGAGAUAG